CCGCCGCGCUGGGCGCUAUGGCGGCCCCUUGGCGGAAAUGGCGGGCGGGGCGCGGGGCGGGCGGGAGGAGGAGGCAAGAUGGCGGCGCCGGGGGCGCUGAGGCGCUGCUGGCGGCUGGCGCUGGGCGGCCGGGCCAGCUGGCGACCCGCUCCGCCGCUCCGAGGACGAGCGCUGCGCUGGGCAUCGUCCUCCUCGCAGCCGGGCCCGACGGAGAGCGACCCCAGCGAGGGGCAGGUGUACCUCAGCGAGAGCUGCGUGAAGAGGCUGCUGGAGAUCGCGGAAGGCUCGGAGUUCCUCAGGCUGCAGGUGGAAGGAGGCGGUUGCUCCGGGUUCCAGUACAAGUUCUCUCUGGACACAGUUGUCAAUCCUGAUGACAGGGUGUUUGAACGAGGUGGUGCCCGUGUGGUCGUGGAUGUGGACAGCCUGGCCUUUGUGAAAGGCUCCAUGGUGGACUUCAGCCAGGAGCUGAUUCGCAGCUCCUUCCAGGUGGUGAGCAAUCCCCAGGCAGAGAAGGGAUGCUCCUGUGGGACUUCCUUCUCUGUCAAAUUCUGACGGGACUUCUUGUGGAUGAACACUGUCUGCAGGCGUUUUCUGGCAGCCUCCAGAGGGUUUUUGCUCGUUCUUUUCCCAGCUGUUCCUUCUCAUCUCCCUUACUCUGUAAUAUAGCAAUUACAGAUGA